AGCCCCUGGAAGCAAACGUUUCGGCCACAUACCCGUAGAGGAGGAGCUGGAGAUCAGGAGGCGUGAGCCACCAGGAGUUUGCAGAAUCCGUGGUGUGAAUGAACUGGGGGCACCUGGGAGUAGAGAUCGCCCCCCCCUUUCCCUGCCUCGGGCCACAGUUGAGUAGUGGGGCAUUUUUUUCACCCUCUUGUGAAGAAUUUUUUUUUUUUAUUAUUUGUUGUAAAGUCUUUUGCACAAUCACGCCCACAUUUGGGGUUGGAAAGCCCUAAUUACCGCCGUUGCUGAUGGACGUUGGAGAGGGAGCGCCUCGCCGCGAAACAGUCGCCUGCGCGCCCUCGCCGGACCCGCGGCUCUUUCACUGCGUCCCGGCGCUGCGCUGCCCUGCCCUCGCUGCCCGCCCGCGCGCGUCGGCGCCCCCUCGGUUCCUGGGCGCAUCUCAGCGCUACCCCAGAUCGGGCGCCCAGGCCUGGGCGUCAGUGCCCGCUUCGGAUCCGGUUCACUGCGCCCACCCGACGCGCCCAGGACUCCGCAGCCCUGCUCCCGAUCGUCCCCCCAGGCUUAACCCGGCCGCUCCGCUUGGAUUCCUUGGCGGCCCUCGCUCGGGUGGCGACUUCCUCCCCGCGCACCCCCUCCCCCUCGCCAUGAAGAAGUCCAUUGGAAUAUUAAGCCCAGGCGUGGCUUUGGGGACGGCUGGAAGUACAAUGUCUUCCAAAUUCUUCCUAAUGGCUUUGGCCAUAUUUUUCUCCUUCGCCCAGGUUGUAAUAGAAGCCAAUUCUUGGUGGUCGCUAGGUAUGAAUAACCCUGUUCAGAUGUCAGAAGUAUAUAUCAUAGGAGCGCAGCCUCUCUGCAGUCAACUGGCAGGACUUUCUCAAGGACAGAAGAAGCUAUGCCAUUUGUAUCAGGACCACAUGCAGUACAUCGGAGAAGGCGCGAAGACAGGCAUCAAAGAAUGCCAGUAUCAGUUCCGACAUCGAAGAUGGAACUGUAGCACUGUGGACAACACCUCUGUCUUUGGCAGGGUUAUGCAGAUAGGCAGCCGCGAGACGGCCUUCACUUACGCGGUGAGCGCCGCAGGGGUGGUGAACGCCAUGAGCCGAGCCUGCCGCGAGGGCGAGCUGUCCACCUGUGGCUGCAGCCGCGCCGCACGCCCCAAGGACCUGCCGCGGGACUGGCUGUGGGGCGGCUGCGGCGACAACAUCGACUACGGCUACCGCUUUGCCAAGGAGUUCGUGGACGCGCGCGAGCGGGAGCGCAUCCACGCCAAGGGCUCCUACGAGAGCGCGCGCAUCCUCAUGAACUUGCACAACAACGAGGCCGGCCGCAGGACGGUGUACAACCUGGCUGAUGUGGCCUGUAAGUGCCAUGGGGUGUCAGGCUCAUGUAGCCUCAAGACGUGUUGGCUGCAGCUGGCAGACUUCCGUAAGGUGGGCGACGCACUGAAGGAGAAGUAUGACAGUGCUGCGGCCAUGCGGCUCAACAGCCGGGGCAAGCUGGUGCAGGUCAACAGCCGCUUCAACUCACCCACCACGCAGGACCUGGUCUACAUCGACCCGAGCCCCGACUACUGCGUGCGCAACGAGAGCACGGGCUCACUGGGCACGCAGGGCCGCCUGUGCAACAAGACCUCGGAGGGCAUGGACGGCUGUGAGCUCAUGUGCUGUGGCCGUGGCUACGACCAGUUCAAGACCGUGCAGACCGAGCGCUGCCACUGCAAGUUCCACUGGUGCUGCUACGUCAAGUGCAAGAAGUGCACAGAGAUCGUGGACCAGUUUGUGUGCAAAUAGUGGGCACCUGCUCGCCACCCAGCCCCACUCCCAGGACCCACUUAUUUAUAGAAAGUACAGUGAUUGUGGUUCUUUCUCUCCUUCUCUCUCUUUUUAAAUAUUUUUUAUUUUUUUCCCCAAGGACCGCAACCAGAAGCAUAUUUUUUUUCUAUUACCAUCUAAGAACUCUGUGGUUUAUUAUUAAUAUUAUAAUUAUUA